CUCUCUCUCUCUUCUUCACGCGCACACACACAUCUUGCACGGAUUUCCUUUGGAGAAAGUUUUGUUGCUUUCUGUGUUAAUUUGGUCCCCUGUGACUCUUUAUUGAAACACCCAUUAUUCAUCUUCUUGAUGCACAAAAUUGUGCAUAUCUGUUAACCCUAAGUUGUGUUCGUAUUAAUUUUGAAACAAAAAUUGUUCUUUCUUCAAGUAGUUAGCGGGAGUCUCGUUCAGCGGGACGCUCUUUUUUCAAUCCUUAAGUAGUUAAACAAAAGGAUUUCUCAGUUCUUAAGUGAAUUGUUUGAUGAUAACAUGAAUUCGAUCAAAGAAGAUCUGCUAAGUGCAGUGGUGCCAUUAUUGAAACUUCUCACCCUUACAGUUAUAGGACUGGUUCUUGCACACCCAAGAACUCAAAUCAUCCCUAAAGCAACAUUUAAGCUACUCAGCAAACUUGUUUUUGCUCUUUUCUUACCCUGCCUUAUCUUUACCCAUUUGGGUGAAUCGAUCACACUCAAGAACGUUGCACUCUGGUGGUUUAUCCCCAUUAAUGUAUUGGUCAGUACAGGUAUAGGUUGCAUUUUGGGGUACUUGGUAGUAAUUAUAUGUCGUCCACCUCCAGAAUUUGCUCGAUUCACCAUUAUCAUGACUGCAUUCAGCAAUACUGGAAAUCUUCCACUUGCAAUUGUUAGUUCUAUAUGUCACAGUGAGGAUAAUCCGUUUGGUCCUGAUUGCCAUCGGACAGGUGUGGCUUAUGUCUCUUUUGCUCAAUGGGUUGCUGUAAUUCUUGUUUAUACCUUUAUUUAUCACAUGAUGGAGCCCCCUUUGGAGUACUAUGAGAUUGUAGAGGAAGGGAUCGACGUUGAAGAACAAAACCAGGGUAACGAUGUUAGUAGAUCCCUUCUUGUGGAAGCUGAAUGGCCCGGCAUUGAGGAUAAAGAAACCGAACAUUCAAAGACUCCUUUAAUUGCAAGGGUUUUCAAUAGCAUCUCAAGUAUUUCACAAACUAUGUUGCCUGACCUUGAUCUCACACCAGAUGGGCCCGAGUCUAUUAGGUGUUUGGCAGAGCCUAGAGUAGUUAGGAAGAUGAGAAUCGUUGCUGAACGGACUCCAGUACGACACAUACUUCAACCACCAACAAUUGCAUCUCUGUUAGCUAUCGUUAUUGGAAUGGUGCCUCAGAUCAAAGCUUUCUUCUUUGGAAACGAUGCUCCUUUGUCUGUCAUAACAGACAGUCUAGAGAUCUUGGCCGCUGCCAUGGUGCCAUCUGUAAUGCUUGUUCUUGGAGGUAUGCUUGCUGAGGGGCCAAAUGAUUCGAAACUUGGCCUUCGAACUACAAUUGGCAUAAUCGUGGCAAGGCUAUUGGUUCUUCCUUUGCUUGGAAUUGGAAUAGUGGCGUUGGCUGAUAAGCUGCAUUUUCUUGUCGACGGUGAUCAGAUGUACCGGUUUGUGCUUUUGUUGCAGUACACAACACCGAGUGCCAUCUUAUUGGGAGCAAUUGCAAGCUUGAGGGGUUAUGCAGUCAGCGAGGCCUCAGCCCUUCUCUUCUGGCAGCAUUUAUGUGCACUGUUCUCUCUUUCACUAUACAUUUUCAUAUACUUUAAACUGUUAUCAUAUGUUUAAGGUUUAAAAGAAGCUUUAGACUACCAGAUCCAUUGGGAAACUGAUUAGCAUGUAAAGUGCAUUCUGAAGUUUUGUGGUAAAUUUCUUGAUGGGUUUGAUAGAUUCUUCUCUCUUAUAUAUAUAUUCUCUGUUGUUUCUCCACACCAUGUAAUUUUUAAAACAUGAAAUUCUGAGAAGACCUUGAUCCA